CUUGAUUCGCUGAUAUGUGUAUGGUGAUGUUUAUGUAGUGUUGUGAUGUUUCUCAUCGGAAAUUAAUUGCAAAUAGAAAUUGCGAAAAAAAUGGAUGAAAACAUACCACCCUUCACGGGUGACUUUAAUUUAAACGAGUUGUCGGGAAUAGACGAUAUUCUGACAAAUUGCGAAAGUGAAUUGAUGAAAAAUGAAUUAUUCUCCGACGAUGCUUUACUUUCUCAGUUGGACCCCCUUCUACCAAUGGACGAUGUGAGCUUCGACUUGAGCAAUUUAACUGAAACUACUUUCCUGGAUCCUCAAACGUUGUCGCCACUGAAACAAGAGACGCCACCAGUUUAUAGUGCUCCCAUAUCUCCCACAUAUCAAGCCAACCCAUUUUUAAGUAAUCAAAGGCCACAACCUUUCGCAACAUUGAGCAAUCUACCAGGUACACCCACUAUCAAAACAGCGCCUGAAGUCCAACAUCAUGUUCAAAAUCCAACCACUGUUAUCAUUUCACAAUCACAACCUCUUGUUUAUUCAAGUCUGCCAAUACAGCAGAAUACUCAACAACAACAUAUAAUUCUACAGUCAAGCACGCCAAAAGAACAGAUUCAGAAAACACAACCUGUUAUUGUGCAGAAUAUAAAUCAAAUUCCUUCUGAUAAGAUGCAACAGCUUUUACUGCAAGCAAAAAUUGUUAAGUCGAACCCUGUGACAGUGAGUCAGCCUACAGUUAUGUAUACUACAGGUGCAGUGUCUAGUAAUUCCUCACAGCCUUCACUGCAUACUAUUGUGAAUAGUGGUACACAGAUUUUGACAACUGGAAUUCCUUUAGUGUUAGAUGCAGAUAAUAAGGUGGCUAUUAACAGGAUUCCCCAGGGUAAUGGAAAAGAGACAAAAGUUAAAGAGGUAAAGAGAAGUGCUCAUAAUGCCAUUGAAAGAAAAUACAGAACCAGUAUUAAUGACAAGAUUGUUGAGUUGAAAAACAUCGUUGUUGGUACUGAUGCAAAGUUAAAUAAAUCUGGUAUAUUGAAGAAAACUAUCGAGUAUAUCCGAUUCUUACAAAAUUCAAACACCAGACUCAAACAAGAAAAUAUGGCCCUAAAAAUGGCCGCACGACAAAAUACCCUCAAAGACCUUCUUACAACCGGCAAAAAUAUCGAGUACGCUCCGCAAGAUACACCGCCACAUUCAGACGUAUCGCUGUCACCUGAGCACUCAUUACCCUCGAGCCCGGAGUAUUCAACACAGAUCAAAGACGACAGUGACGAAGAAAGCAUGGGAAUUACCAAAGGACUCUUGGAUCAUACGCGCAUUACCUUAUGCAUGUUCAUGUUUGCCGUAAUUGCAUUCAAUCCAUUUGGCAUCGUUCUAAACCAGAUUGCUCCUCCUAGUGAUGGCGACGUUGGUUACAGAAGAAAUAUUUUAUCACUUGGUUUAGGACAGUCCGCAACUUUCGGUUCAUCCUUAAUGCUGUGGUGCAUAAACUUGCUCAUUCUUGGGUUUUGUCUAGUAAAAAUGUUUGUGUACGGUGACCCAGUUAUAUCGAGCACUUCAAAGGAAUCCCAGAAAUUCUGGAGACACAGGGCACAAGCUAAUCAUUACAUUAGAGCGGCCGAUAAACUUGAAGCGAAACAGGAGCUUCGUAGGUGUCUGCAAACUUUCGGAAUAUCAUUACCCACGAGCAGGUUCGAACUUGUGUUGUCUCUUUGUUGGCAAGUGUUUCGGCAAGUUAUGCAUCGAUUGUGGAUUGGGAGAUGGUUAUCCAGACACGUCGGAGGAUUUUUCGUGGAUAGUGUGACACGGUGCGAGGCUCUGACUUCUUGUCGGGAGCUGUCACUAGUUUUUCACGAUUUGCACCAGCUCCAGCUGGUGGAUGGGCCCGAAGAAACGUGUCAUCUCCUCGGUUUAACCACAGCUUUAAGUGCUUUAAACUUAUCAGAGGCUGCUAAAGCCAAAAUGAAGUCGGUUCAGAUGAUUGACAUUUACAUUGGGCUAACUUUAAGAAUUAAAGCCUCUUGUUGGAAUAUUUUGCAAGGGCUGCAGAGAUACUAUCUGGGCUUAGCUAAAUUGGCGUCCACUAAUUCUUGCGACCCAAUUCCGCCCAGGUUGCACUGGUUAUUGACGCCGCAUGGUUUUAAGUUCUUUGUUUCCCAGAAGUUCUUAUACGACGCCAAGUCCACAAAUUUGCCGUUUAGUUGUAUCGGCAAUGUGUCGGAUCCGUUGUCGUUCGCCAUGAAGUCGUAUAGAGAACAUUUACUUGAAACCGCACUACAAACUUUAACGACUCCGGGUAAUAAAAAUGACGUUUAUGAAGACAAAAAGACGGACAUAACGGAUGUGUCAACUUACGUUCAUUUAUUGUACGAGAAUGUUACCACCGACGUUCAGACCGUUUUUAAUGCCAAUCAAAUAUAUAGUAAUUACGAUGAAAUUGCUUUUUGGUGGACCUCCGUGGUUGACGCGGCUUGUCAUUGGCUGUUAGGUGAAGAAAAACUUGAUGAUUUAUACAAGAAAGUAGAAAACGUGCCAGAGUCUCUGUUGUCUCUUGAAGAUCCGCUUCCGAAGGCGAUUCUUGCGGCUUAUAUGGCUAGGAAACAUUAUCUAACAGUUGGAUCGUCUGCACCACAAAAGAAAAUUUUAAAACAGUGCGAUACUGCCAGUCAGUUGUUAACUGAUAGUUUGACGUAUUCCAGUUGCAAACCGCAGGAUAACCUAGUUUUGUUGGCGCAAUUACUGGUCUCCGACUGGAUUUUAGAAACGCGAACCUCUCUUUGGGAGGACGCUUUUUCGGAAUCUUUGCCCCCUGUUCCCGUGCCGAAUAAUGUUCUCUCAGCAUUCCAGAAGGACAUAUCUUCGUUAAGAACUUUGGCACAACAUAUUCCCACCGCUUUGCCUCGAGUCUUUCUUUAUGAGGCAACCGCCAGGUUGAUGGCAGGAGCGGCUCCAGGUCGUACCCAGCAGCUCUUGGACCGCAGUUUGCGGCAGCGCCACGCUAGAUCGUCUAUUAUAUGUGGCAAAGCCGACAAGAACCAACAAGAUGUUGGUGGAGAGCGUCAACAUGCAACUGCACUUUACAUGGCAUGCAAGCACUUACCAGGUCAGUUGAUGUCAUCGCCCGGCGAAAGAGCGGGGAUGCUCGUGGAAGCAGCGAAAACCAUGGAAAGAAUCGGAGACCGAAAGAAAUUACAAGAGUGUUAUAAGCUGAUGAAGACACUUGGUGCCAAUUCCGCCACGAAUUAACAUAAUUAAGUGUUGCGAAGAUGUUUCAUAAUUUUUUAUUAAAGACAUAAAAUGUGAUGUUUAUGGAGCGAAGUGGUGCUUAGCGAUUUCGCUACAGUGAUUUUGAGUAUAAAACUGGCCGUUUACUUGGCAUCGGCUCGUGUGAUUACCAUUAUAUUGUGCGAAGAAGCGCUAUGUCAAGUUUAAUACGUAGUGUAGCUUUACUUAAGGACGAUAACAUUGAAUUUUUGUAGGAAUUAUUUAUUUUGUUCAAUUUUCUUUUAAUAAAGGAAUACUGUUGAAA